AUGACUCGUAGAAACCUAAUGAAUGUUGGAGUGAAAUGUGAAAGGUUAGAAGGAAUAUGGGGUCAGGCAACAAGUCAAGCGAAGUGGUCAUGGAAUGUAAAUGGAGAAGAUAUGAGUAGUGCACGAAAGCAAGUAGAGAAGAUAGAGUGUGCAACUGAAUGUAUGCCUAAGCCUAAGAAGCUGCAUUUGGAGCCAUCAUUAAUCAGUAAUUUAGUUUCCAAAAAUUAUACAAUUCCAAUAAGUAAGAAUAAAUUUGUAUUAUGUAGUGAUAGUGGAGAAGGAUUGUGGUUUGUGCAUUAG